AUGGGCCGGCGCCGCACCGUGGUUGCGCCCGAAGGCAAGCGCACGAGCCUCGUGUACAGCAAGCCCAUCGUCGUGGCGCCGGUUGUGGCGCCCAAGGCGCCGGUCGCCGAGCUCGACAUGAGCGAGCGCAAGCGCCUCCUCGUGGCCAACGUGCCGAUCCUGACCAUGGCGAUCGCGGCGGGUGCGUCACGCACGCAGCUCAUGGACGCGCUCACGCCGCUGCACUUUCCCAAUGGCGCGUUCAUCGUCCGGCAGGGCGAGACCGACUCGGACAUCUACUUUGUCGAGAGUGGCACGAUCCAGAUCACGCGCGCGCGGCUCAAGAAGCUCAACAAGGACGACCAGCAGCAAAUCUCGACCCGCACCGAGUUCGAGUACUUUGGCGAGUCCACGUUUGCCUAUGCACUCGCCAUGCAGCGCACGGCCAAUGCGAUCGCGGUCGGCGACGUCAAGUGCUUUACGGUCUCGCUGCACCACUGCAAUAUGCACCUCGGCUCGGUUCGGGAUCUCAUGCGCUACCGCCUCCUCAUGCGCGAGAAUGGCGUGCUCGACAACCUCAACGUGUUUUCGGCGUUGACGCUCACCCAGCGCGGCCGCAUGCUCGGGCUCUCAACGCUGCGCGCGUACGACGAUGGCGCGCACGUCUGCAAGCUCGGCGAGAUUGACGACCAGUACUUUGUCCUUGUCGAGGGCGAAGCCAAAGUCUGCAUUCGACCCAACGGCGUUGAAGUCGAGCUGCUUCGAAAAGUGUCUUUUCAAGGGUUUGGGGAAAUGGGCCUUUUCGGCAAGCCGCGGACGGCCGAUGUCGUUGCGGUCGGCCCUAUCGUGUGCAUCGUCAUGAACCGAGAGAGCUUUGUGAAGGCGCAGACCGGUGCGGCCCACGACGCCGAUGGCGGCGCCUUAGCGACCAAUGUCUCGAACGAGUGGAGCAUGCUGCGGCGGCUCGAGGCCAUGCACAGCAACCCACGGGUCGUCGAGCACCUCGUCAAGUUUGUGCGCAAGUUCCAGUCGGUUCAGGCCCAGAAAUUCGCGGGCAAGACCAUGUACACGGAUCUGUACCGGCGCGUGUUUGCCAACCCGCGGCUCGCGCUCGGGUUCCCGUCCAUUUCGAACCGCAUCGACUGGUUCGACCCGAUCUCGGCGCGCAAAGUCAUCCGGUUCGAGACCAAGCGCAUUCUGAGCACGGAGCCGUCGCGGGAUCGCCCGCCUGACGACGUCGCGUUCCUCGGGCGGCUCGCCGAGACGUCGACGCUGCUCGAAAAGUUCCGCACCGACGACUCCAAGCGCGACGGCAAGUUUCUCAUGGCGUCGCAGCUGGCGCGGCUCAUGGAAUUUGCGAUCGUCCGGCGCGGCAAGUACAUUUUCAAACAAAACACGAUCGAAGGCAAGGCGUACAUGGUCCUCCGCGGCGACGUGAGCGUUGUCUUUGAGGACGGCGACGACAGCGUCGGCCAUGUGGUCGCGACCUUGACGGGCGGCGACAGCUUUGGCGAGCUCACGCUCGUCACCAACAUGCCGCGCUCUGCAUCGGCGGUCGCGGCCACGGACGUCGAGCUCAUUGUGCUCCAGCGCCGGCACUUUGCGCGUCUCCUGCCGGGCUUCCGCAUCCGCCACUACAUCAUCGAGCGGGCCGACUACCUCCACGAGCUGUACCCAAAAGCGGACCACAAGGCGUGCAUCCGCGUCGCCUUUGAUAUGGCUGAGGCCACGUACCACGCGGAGCAUAUCUUUCUGCGCCACGGCCACCACGCCCGUGGGUUCUAUCUCAUUCUCACGGGCGUCGUCGGAGUCUACAAGCCAGCAGUCGCCGAGAGCCGCGGAGUCGUGCACGUCGGCAGUCUCGGGCCUCGGCAGUUUUUUGGCGCCAGUGUGUUUGCGAUCCACGAUGUAGAGGGCGCGACGUACAUGGCGACGACGACCGUCACGGUGCUCGAGCUCAGCGACGCGAAAGCGCGCCGCAUGGACCUGCACAUGAUCCAAGCGACCACAGCCGCGUUGAAGGUCCGGGCCACGUACGAGGCGUCGGUGGUUGCGACAACGACGCCAGCGCUGUUGUUUGACCCGAUCUCGCCCUGGGCCUUUCUCGGCGACGAGAAGACGCAGCUGCAGCAUCAAGUCGACAACGUGUUGGAUGCAUUCCGCACGCAGAGCGGUGGCGCGCUGCGGGGGGAGGGUGCUACAAAGCAACAGAAAUGCGAGAAUGGCGAGCUCCGAAGUCCGCGCUUGACAGUGGAUGCAUCGCCGUGGACCGAGCCCGUGUUUCCGCUGCCAGCUAAAGACUCCAAACCGCUCCUCGGAUCGUUUUUGUCGCGGAAGCUGCAGAGCUACCAAAGGGUGACGGCGAUCGUCCCGGCCAAGACAGCACUGCUCGCGCCACUGCAACCACCGAUCGAGGUGACGCCAACGAGUCUUGCGGCGACACCGCGCCAGACAAAGCACCACCACCGGCGCGUGUCCGGACCGUGGCCCAAUGCGGCAGGAAAAGCAGCGUCGGCGCCCGAGCCCGAGGUCGACGACACCGAGGCCGACGACGACGAUUAUGUCAUCGACUGGACGACCGACGACUGCAGCGACGUGUGGCGAUUCGACCGCGUCCACGACGACAACCUGUAUUUAUGAAGGCACGGG